CACCUGGGAGGAGGCAGGGGGAGGGCGAAGGGCGGGGGCCGGCUCGGCCUGGAGCCUUCCGGGUGGGCAUCCUGGGCAGGGCAAGUGACUGAGGAGUGGAGGGGGAGGAUGCGCCUCUCCAAAACCCUGGUCGACAUGGACAUGGCCGACUACAGUGCUGCGCUGGACCCAGCCUACACCACCCUGGAAUUUGAGAAUGUGCAGGUGUUGACGAUGGGCAAUGACACAUCCCCAUCAGAAGGUGCUAACCUCAACGCGACCAACAACCUCGGUGUCAGUGCCCUGUGCGCCAUCUGUGGAGAUCGGGCCACAGGCAAACACUACGGCGCCUCAAGCUGUGAUGGCUGCAAGGGCUUCUUCCGAAGGAGCGUGAGAAAGAACCACAUGUACUCCUGCAGAUUUAGUCGGCAGUGCGUGGUGGACAAAGACAAGAGGAACCAGUGCCGCUACUGCAGGCUCAAGAAGUGCUUCCGGGCUGGCAUGAAGAAGGAAGCCGUCCAAAAUGAGCGGGACCGGAUCAGCACUCGCAGGUCAAGCUAUGAGGACAGCAGUCUGCCCUCCAUCAAUGCGCUCCUGCAGGCGGAGGUCCUGUCCCAGCAGAUCACCUCCCCUGUCUCUGGGAUCAACGGAGACAUCCGGGCAAAGAAGAUAGCCAGCAUUGCCGAUGUGUGCGAGUCCAUGAAGGAGCAGCUGCUGGUGCUCGUUGAGUGGGCCAAGUACAUCCCAGCUUUCUGCGAACUUCCCCUGGACGACCAGGUGGCCCUGCUCAGAGCCCAUGCCGGCGAGCACCUGCUUCUCGGAGCCACCAAGCGCUCUAUGGUGUUCAAGGACGUUCUAUUACUAGGUAAUGACUACAUCAUCCCCCGGCAUUGCCCGGAGCUGGCAGAGAUGAGCCGGGUGUCCAUGCGCAUCCUGGAUGAGCUGGUGCUGCCUUUCCAGGAGCUGCAGAUCGAUGACAAUGAGUAUGCUUGCCUCAAAGCCAUCAUCUUCUUUGAUCCAGAUGCUAAAGGUUUGAGUGACCCGGGUAAGAUCAAGAGGCUGCGGUCCCAGGUGCAGGUGAGCCUGGAGGACUACAUCAACGACCGCCAGUAUGACUCACGUGGCCGCUUCGGCGAGCUGCUGCUGCUGCUGCCCACCCUGCAGAGCAUCACCUGGCAGAUGAUUGAGCAGAUCCAGUUCAUCAAGCUCUUCGGCAUGGCCAAGAUCGACAACCUGCUGCAGGAGAUGCUGCUGGGAGGUCCGUGCCCAGCCCCGGAGGGGCAGAGAGGAUCCUCCAGUGAUGCAACCCAUGCCCAUCAUCCCCUGCACCCUCACUUGAUGCAGGAACACAUGGGCACCAACGUCAUUGUUGCCAACACGAUGCCUACUCACCUCAGCAACGGACAGAUGUGUGAGUGGCCCCGACCCAGGGGGCAGGCAGCCACCCCUGAGACUCCACAGCCCUCACCACCAGGUGGCUCAGGGUCUGAGCCCUACAAACUCCUGCCAGGAGCCAUCACCACAAUUGUCAAGCCCCCCUCUGCCAUCCCCCAGCUGACUAUCACGAAGCAAGAAGUCAUCUAGCAAGUCGCCAGGGGUCAGGGGCUCUGCUGGCCCUCCAGUCCCCUCUGAGAGCCCCUGGUAGUCACUUGGUCACAGGGCUGGAAGCUGUGACAGUAGGGCCAGUCCCAAAGCAGUAGUGAAAAGGGCAAAGGGCCCAAGAACUUGGGCUGUGGGCCACGACACAUUGCACCCCUCCUCUGCUCUGGACGAUGGGGCCUUGACUUGGGGAGAUCCCAGCUGGAGAAUCCUCUGCUGCCUUGGACAACGUUUCUCUUGCCGAAGCCACUGCCUUCCCUUCAUCCAUAUCUACCCCCAGCUGCUUCACCUGCUGCCUAGAGAUGAUGUGGGACCUCGCUCAAGCCCAGCUCUCUUCCCCUCAGGCCGGUACUGCUCCCUGAGUGCUGUCAUCGUGUCCAGGCCCUUUUUCUCUCUUUGCUCCCCAAC